ACCACCUAAGCACCUACCGGUCAGACCUCGUCUCUCUCUUCGCUUCACUUUCGCAGAGCCUUGAAGCCACCACCAACAACCACUCUACAAAAAUAUCAACCUUUUCUCUCUCUAUCUCUUAACCAUUUCUCACCGAUAUCUCCAAUUCCAAUCCCUAGUAUCUGUGAAAUUACAUCAAUGUCCUCCACCUCCUCAUCCUCCUCCGGCGACGGUCCACAAACUAAUUCUAAGCCCCUUGAAAACCAAUUCGAAUCCUUUACUAUUGAAGAAUCCAAUAGCAUCGUCCAAAACGACGAAGCAACGGCUGAGCCUCAACUAGAGUCUUCGUUUAAUGGAUCGCUGGACGAUAACGGUAAUCACGAAGAAUUCAACGCUUUAGAAGAGAGAAUUGAGGUCGGAAGCGAAGUUAGGGGCAUUGGCGACAGUGGCGAUGGUGUUGUGUGGAGAAGGACGAACUCAGAGCUGAAAGUGGAUGGGCCUUCGAGCCCUAGCAGUAGUGGAUAUGCUGGCGAGAGAGGAAGUAGUAGCGUCACGAGUGCGUCGAGGAUUGGCGAAGUGAGUGAAGAUGAGAUACAGGAAGCUGGGAAUGAUGGCGACGUCGAUGGGAAUUUGGACUCACAAGCAGCUUGGGUGCCUGGAAAACGGCAUGUCGAUGAGGAUGAUGCUUCCAUAUCAUGGAGGAAAAGGAAGAAGCAUUUCUUUAUAUUGAGUCACUCUGGGAAACCCAUAUAUUCCAGAUACGGUGAUGAGCACAAGCUAGCUGGAUUUUCAGCAACAUUGCAAGCCAUUAUUUCCUUCGUGGAGAAUGGGGGGGAUCGUGUCAAAUUGGUUAGGGCUGGAAAGCACCAGGUGGUUUUUCUUGUGAAAGGACCAAUUUACUUAGUUUGCAUCAGCUGCACAGAAGAACCAUAUGAAUCAUUAAAGGGGCAAUUGGAGCUUAUCUACAGUCAGAUGAUACUCAUUUUAACGAAGUCAGUAAAUAGAUGUUUCGAGAAGAAUCCAAAGUUUGAUAUGACACCCUUGCUUGGAGGAACAGAUGUUGUUUUCUCAUCUCUCAUACAUUCAUUUAGUUGGAAUCCUGCCACAUUUCUUCAUGCAUAUACUUGUCUUCCUCUAGCUUAUGCAACGAGGCAAGCUGCAGGUGCGAUUUUGCAAGAUGUUGCUGAUUCAGGAGUCUUCUUUGCAAUAUUAAUGAGCAAACACAAAGUUGUUAGCCUAGUCGGUGCUCAAAAAGCUUCUCUCCAUCCUGAUGACAUGCUGCUGCUUUCCAACUUUAUUAUGUCAUCAGAAUCAUUUAGGACAUCUGAAUCUUUUUCACCAAUUUGCCUCCCAAGAUAUAAUCCUCUGGCAUUUUUAUAUGCUUAUGUCCAUUAUCUUGAUGUUGACACGUACUUGAUGUUGCUUACUACUAGUUCGGAUGCCUUUUAUCAUCUUAAGGAUUGCAGGAUUCGUAUUGAAAUGGUUCUUUUGAAGUCCAAUGUUCUUAGUGAAGUUCAGAGAUCCAUGCUAGAUGGUGGGAUGCGUGUUGAGGAUCUGCCUGGUGAUCCGUUGCCUCGUUCUGGAACUGCUUCUCCUCAUCUAGGGCAGCAUAAACUACCGACUGAUCACCCUGAAAGAUUCAGGGAAUCAUAUUUAGGCAUCGGUGGUCCUGCUGGACUUUGGCAUUUUAUAUAUCGCAGUAUAUAUCUGGAUCAAUAUGUAUCUUCUGAGUUUUCAUCACCAGUUAAUAGUCCACAACAGCAGAAAAGAUUAUAUAGAGCUUACCAGAAAGUUUAUGCUUCCAUGCAUGAUAAGGGAAAUGGGCCCCACAAAACACAGUUUAGAAGAGAUGAGAAUUAUGUACUACUCUGUUGGGUCACCCCAGAUUUUGAACUUUAUGCAGCAUUUGAUCCACUUGCAGACAAGGCUUUGGCAAUAAAGACUUGCAACAGGGUUUGUCAAUGGGUGAAAGAUGUUGAAAAUGAGAUUUUUUUGCUGGGAGCCAGCCCUUUUUCAUGGUGAUAUCCCAAAAUAUUUUGCAAAACUGCAUGUAUACUAGUUUGUUAAUUUUAUAAAAAUCUCACAUAAUUUUUCCCAACCAACAGUUAAUUUGCAUACACUAACAGUUUACUACAAAUUUGUUCUAUUUAAUUUUUUUUUUCUGAAGGUUUUGCAUAUAUUUGCAUCCUUGUGUAGUUGCCAGAAAAUGUAAAAGAGCAAUCGUUUAAUUGUAACAGAAGUCUUGUGUACUAGUUUUGUUUUCCAAUUUGGAAGAGAACUUCGGGAAAGGAGAUUGCAGUGGAUUCUAGGAUCUGGUGAUUAAAGCACACAAAAUGACCGUUUGGAUGUCCAUCAUUCUGUAAUGUAUUCUUUUCUCAUCCAGGAUUGAAAUCUGAUAAUAUAUGUACUUUCCUCGUA